AUGAUGGGACCAGAGGAACCGGCCAAGUACCACCGCAAAACUACAGAGCAAGGAAGGAUUCGCGCAAGGCGCCACAACGGGAGCCGAGACCUUCAUUCACCGGCCAGCAGCUACAUCCGGUCUGAGGCGUCCACAGUAAUCGGGAGGUCUGUCGACGCGGACCCGGCCUGCUUCAAGAUGAAGUUCGGCAUCGUCGACGUGUCCGGACUGGAGCCGCACCAUCCCCACCAUUCCGCGCCGAAGGUCCCGGCUCACAACAGCGCCGAAGGGUGCGGCGACGUAUGCCCCUUCGCACAGCUGAAGAAGUACGGCGUUCCGGUGGUCAUCACGCUGAUUCCAAGCAUCGGCGGUGCCUUUUGUUCUCAGUACCUCCGCAGAGAGCAUCGUCACUGGUACGAGAACCUUCGCAAGCCAGUGUGGUGUCCCCGCCAGUGGCUCUUCUUCCCGGUGUUCAACGCGUGCUACGCCUCGAUGGGGCUCGCCUCGUACAUGGUGUACGCGCAGCAGGGCUUCCACGGUUCCUCCAGGUUCGCACUGCAGCUGUACGGCACGCAACUGGCUCUCACCUGGAUCUGGGUGCCGCUGCUCUUCGGACGCCGCAGGCUGGGACUGGCCUUCGUGGACUCCGUGCUGUUGGCUGGGUUCUCCGGCGCGACGCUCUCGUCCUUCGCACCCGUCAGCGCUGGUGCCGCCGCCAUUUUCGUGCCCUCCUUCCUUUGGUCCGUCUACCUCAUGCUCACCUCCCUUUUCCUCUGGAGGCGAAAUUCCAUCAUCAUCAAGCAUGGCUGAAAGAACUGGAAAUUCUGG